AUGGCCGCAGUCUCAUUGACGGUGCACUUGUCAGCCAUGGCGUCCGUGUAUCCAGGGAUCGCGUUGACGCCUCCCGUCUACUGUGUCCACGGUGAUGUAACAUUGCUUGUAAUAACUACCACGGUCCCGGGAGCAAAUUCCAUGUGGCAUCACGACGGCAAUCAUAAUCUCAUAUGGUGGAAGAUCGUUUUACAUCUCUUCAUUGACUGGUCUCAGCCGCGCUGCGCUCUUCCUCAAUGCAACCCUUCGGUGAGGGGUACCCAGCCGCAUGCAUGGGGACUGCAGUCUCGAAAAUUUCACACAUUGACCAAGAUGCUGCAGACGUGGGCUGAACACUGGAACAACCACAAGAUUGCACUGCAGGGCCAUCGCGCUACUCCUCUUCAGAUGUGGAUGGAGAGUCAACUCCUCCAUGGCGCUCAAGGACUUGAACAUCUUGCUUCCGAUGAUCCUGCACUGCACCACUCCAGUUUGCCAGUGUUCCCAACCUGGGCCUCAACUGACGACAUGCUCCGUAAUCUUCAGGCUCGUCAACGUGUCCAGAUCGGAGUGCAAGAAGGCAGUGUCGUCUUGUCCCGCCACUCCUACGCCCGCCUCGCCGACUCUACCAUUCAGUUCGGAUUUUCCCAGCUGUACCGCAAGGUCAUUGGGCUACACCUCGACAUCUGUCAGUGUAUCUUGAUUUCGCCGCCUACCGGAGAAGGAGUAUAUUUUUGUUUUAGUGUCGACUAUGCAAUCGGAGGGCGAGUACACCUUCGAGCAACUCUCGAAGGAUUCCACGCCGCUGCUGCGUUACUCUUGACCUGGAGAACCUGUACCGAUGCCAAGCUUAAGCCCUUGUACGAACUUCCUCGCCUCAGUGAUUUCAUACCAUGGGACGACUCCUCUGCCAUACGGGGUCCCGGAAUGUGGCAACCUCUGCAGUUCGCCCAGUUUCGUGAGGCCUGCCUUCCCAUCAUCCGCGCCGCUGAGGACGGCACCUGGGAUGAAUCUCACAAAAAUUUGAUUCUCACUAAUGCGCAUUACUUGCACAUGUUCCUUGAACAUGUCCAAGCGCUGCCCUUGGUAUUCGAACGGCUGUGCCUCUGCAUGGCAGAGAUGCAACAUCUGGCACUGGAGCUUCAGGCUAUCAUGGAUUACAUCCUUGUUUAUCGUCCCCGCAUGGCUGGACUCGCAGAACGACCCAAUGAGGAGGGAACCGGGGGUGCCGAGAGCCUGGUCCGCAUCGACUCAGUGGAACCCAUUCAAGAGCUGCAUCACCUAAAUGUUCCCUCAUCCUCCUGCCAGCUGGCAAUUCGCUCUAUUCACGUUGGAGCUGCCACAGACGAGGAAAAGUACAAAGCAAUAGAACGUUUCACCCGCUUGCACCUAAAUGCACCCAAUCCUUUCAACCUAGUGCAACCUCAGAAGGCCGUUGAACCUGAGCCUGCUCCCUUGAUUGCUGACCAAGUGCGAUACUGUCCUUAUAAACAUCCAGACCUAUCUCGUCAAGGGAAACAAAAGUCAACUUCAUUGCUGCCGACAGGUGCAGUGAAGAAGUUCGACAUGGUGCACUAUCCCUUACUCCUGCUGUUGGUUGACACAUGGCUACAUGGUUUGCUUAGCGUGAAUGCUGACAAGUCCUGCCCUCCUUGCGCCGCGUUUGGGUAUGCCUUACCUCGACCCAAUCUUUUUGUCACCAUCAAAUCAGCAGAGAAGCUUAACCUCAUGAUAACCUCAUGGUUGCGGCUGCGGCAAGGUCUUCUCGCUCGAUUGCAGGUCCACUUUAGUCCAGAGGUCAAGAACCAUCAGAUGUGGCAAACCAUCCUUCAGAUGGACUGGCUACACCCCCAAACAGGUGCAUCAGGCACACGUGGAGAACAAAGUCGGCGAGACCAAGUGAUAGCAUUUCUCGACGGCUGUCAUGCAGAGUUAACCGUGGAUACCACCCUAUCCACUGAGGGUUGUUGGGGCCACAAGACUAGCUCAGCGCUUGGGAAUGAUGACGUGUGGGAGAUCCUGUGGGAACUGGCAGAAACCAACUUUCGCCUUGAAUUUUCAGCGCUCGACCAGAAACUUUUUCAGAAGACUGAUGCACAACACUGCAAGCUCGUGGGCCAGUGUUUUCCCUAUGGACAGUGGAAUCUGUUGCAUUGCGUUGACCUUGGGAGCAUGAACUGGGGUUUGGUGCACUCCAAUUGGAUGCAGCACGCGCCCUAUGUCUUCUCCAUGUGUCGUUGCAUGCAGGACUGGCGUGGCUGUCCACCCUUGCUUUCGUCGGACAAGUCCAAGUAUUCAGAGGCAGACGUGGUGCAGAUCGAGAAAGAUAUGGCCUCCUUUUACUGUGAAACGUUCUUCAUGACAUUUGGACAGGCGCCCAUUCUACCAAGGCGAUUACCUCGCACGCCCCUCGUCCCUUUCAUACCUGAAGCACGUAAGCUUUAUUUUGCCCAGGAAUCGGGGUAUAUCCUGGACGUCAUGAAAUGGGAAUAG